GCAUCAGUAAAUUAUGUUGGGCAUUGUGAUCAAAGGCGCACAUUAAUGGGAUAUGCAAGGAAGUAGCUAUUGGAGAGCCCCUUUUCUUCAGUAUAUACAGUAUAUAUGCAGACAGAGUUUGUCUACUUGUCCCUUUAGAGACAGAAUGGUCACUGCAAAAUCAGUACAAAAUCAUUCUGACUGAUCACCUUAACUUGAAAUUAUACUCUAUAUCCAUCCACACCAUAACAGAGCACAUUGUUCCUCCAGUGUGUAUGUAUGUAUUUAUGCAUGUAUGAAAUGUGUUCAGAUUUUAGUUAUAACGUCACUGUGGAGGAGCCCGGUUCAGUGGGCGGGGUUUGGUGACGCAUUGCGGCUCGGAGUUGAGCCACGGUCGGCGCGUGAGUCUGGGGACGCCGCGGCACUGACUAGACCCAGUUCUCCAAUCGCGUAAAUCAUUAUUACCCCAACAUGCAUCGUGACAAGAGCGAAAUUUCCUCCACGGCUGCGUUUAAAUCAUAGAUUGCAAAUAUGGCAGAGGUGACACAGAGGUGAGCUCCGGAUAGCGCUCGCUCUACUAAUCUACUAAAUCAGAUUGAUCCGCGUCUUCUCGUGGUGGAUCGUUUGGGAUCGAUAAGGCUUUGGGAAACGCGGGAUCAUGACAACCGGACAGGACGAGAGUUCAGUUCGCGUCGCGCUGAGGAUCCGUCCCCAGCUGGCACGGGAGAAGAUAGAGGGGUGUCACAUCUGUACAUUUGUGACCCCUGGCGAACCCCAAGUGAUUCUGGGAAAGGACAAGGCCUUCACGUUCGACCAUGUGUUCGACAUGGACACCGAGCAGGACACCGUCUACGCUAACUGCACAGAGAAGUUGAUAGAAGGCUGCUUCGAGGGUUAUAAUGCCACUAUCUUUGCCUAUGGACAGACUGGUUCGGGGAAGACGUACACAAUGGGCACUGGCUUUGAUGUGAACAUAUCGGAACACGAGCUGGGCAUCAUCCCGCGAGCAGUCAGUCACCUUUUCAAAGGCAUUGAGCAGAGACGGCAGGCAGCAACAGAACAAGGACGACCAGUACCCGAGUUCAAGAUUAAUGCCCAGUUCCUGGAGUUGUAUAAUGAAGAGGUUCUGGAUCUCUUUGAUUCCACGCGUGAUAUGGAGUCCCGAAAGCAGAAAUCUCACAUUAAGAUCCAUGAAGAUGCCAGCGGCGGCAUUUACACCGUGGGAGUCACCACACGCACUGUUUCUUCAGAGGCUGAAAUGAUGCAGUGUUUGAAGCUGGGCGCUCUCUCUCGCACCACAGCAAGCACUCAAAUGAACGUACAGAGCUCUCGCUCGCAUGCCAUCUUCACCAUCCACUUGUGCCAAGUUCGCGUGUGCACACCUUCAGACAAUAAUGACAAUGAGACUGAUAACCGGCUGGCCAAUGGCUCGUCUGACAUGGAUGAGUUUGAGACGCUAACCGCGAAGUUCCACUUUGUGGAUUUGGCCGGUUCAGAGCGACUGAAGAGAACUGGUGCCACUGGGGAUAGAGCUAAAGAGGGAAUCUCCAUCAACUGUGGACUGUUGGCAUUGGGGAAUGUCAUCAGUGCUUUAGGAGACAGAAGCAAACGCUCAACACAUGUGCCUUACCGGGACUCCAAACUUACUCGCCUUCUCCAGGAUUCUUUAGGCGGCAACAGCCAAACAGUGAUGAUAGCCUGCACAAGUCCGUCAGACCGGGACUUCAUGGAGACCCUGAACACCCUGAAGUAUGCUAACCGAGCUCGUAACAUUAAGAACAAAGUGGUGGUGAAUCAGGACAAAGCCAGUCAGCAGAUCAGUGCCCUGAGGACAGAGAUCGCACGGCUGCAAAUGGAGCUCAUGGAGUACCGUACGGGCAAGCGUAUGGUUGGUGAGGACGGACUGGAGAGCAUCAAUGACAUGUAUCAUGAGAACUCCAUGCUGCAGACGGAGAACCAGAACCUCCGUGUUCGUGUCAAAGCCAUGCAGGAGACCAUCGACGCCCAGCGAGCCCGCCUCACUCAGCUGCUCAGCGAUCAGGCUAAUCAGGCUCUUGCUAAAGCUGGGGAAGGCAGUGAGGAAAUUGGGAAUAUGAUACAGAACUACAUCAAAGAGAUUGAAGAAUUGAGAGCAAAAUUGUUGGAAAGUGAGGCAGUGAAUGAGAAUCUGAGGAAGAAUCUAUCCCGAGUGUCCACUAGGUCGUCUUUCUACGGAGGGCCUGCGGCUUUCUCUCUCGGUCCUGACCCGUCCCAUGAGACCUCUGACAUCAUCGAGCUGGCUAAGAAAGAUCUGGAGAAGCUGAAGAAGAGAGAGAAGAAGAAAAAGAAAAGUGCUGUCAAGGAAGAAAUCCCUGAUAAUGAGCAAGAGAAGGGGAACGAGAGAGAGCAGCUCGAGCCAGCGAGUGAGGAGGCAGAGGAGGCUCAGGAAGGCAGCGAUCACGAGGAGGCUGAGGAAGAAGAGGAGGAGGAUGAAGAUGAGGAAUUGGAUGCUGACGAGAGUUCAGAUGACUCUGACUCAGAGUUGGAUGAGAAAGAGAACUUUCAGGCAGACCUGGCCAAUAUCACUUGCGAGAUUGCUAUCAAGCAGAAGCUAAUCGAUGAGCUGGAGAACAGCCAAAGACGUCUUCACACCCUCAAACAGCAAUAUGAGCAAAAACUCAUGAUGCUGCAGAGCAAGAUUCGGGACACGCAGUUUGAGAGAGAUCGUGUGUUGCAGAACAUGGGCACCAUGGAGUCCUGUACCGAGGACAAGGCUAAGAAAAUAAAGGCAGAGUAUGAGAAGAAGCUGAGCAUGAUGAAUAAAGAACUGCAGAAACUUCAAGCCGCCCAGAAAGAACACGCUCGCCUGCUCAAGAACCAGUCGCAGUACGAGAAGCAGCUCAAGAAACUCCAACAGGAAGUCGUGGAGAUGAAGAAAACCAAAGUUCGUCUGAUGAAGCAAAUGAAGGAGCAGCAGGAGAAGAACCGGCUGGCGGAGUCACGCAGGAACCGUGAGAUCGCCACACUGAAGAAGGACCAGCGAAAACAGGAGCACCAGCUGAAACUUCUUGAGGCCCAAAAGAGGCAGCAAGAGCUCAUACUGCGCAGGAAGACUGAGGAGGUGACUGCUCUGAGGCGGCAGGUUCGGCCCGUUUCAGGAAAGAUGAACAGGAAGGUCCUCCUACCCGAGACUGUACAGGACUCUGCCCACAGAAUGCCCAGCACACGCACACACACAGGAUCAGGAGCUCCAAAUGGAACCAGCAGACUGUACCAUCGCAGACCUGUGGGGAUUUACUCUACCCGCAUAGCACGGGUUAAAUGGCAGAGCCUAGAACGACGCAUCUCUGACAUCAUCAUGCAGCGCAUGACUAUCUCCAACAUGGAGGCAGAUAUGAAUCGCUUUCUCAAGCAACGGGAGGAUCUGACACGCCGGAGAGACAAGCUGAGCAGGAAGAAGGAGAAGAUGGCCGCCGAGGGUCCUGAAGUCGAAAAAGCCAUACAGUCUCUGAACGAGGAACUGGAGUCCUUGUUGGCCAACAUCGACUACAUCAACGACAGCAUUGCUGACUGUCAGGCCAACAUCAUGCAGAUGGAGGAAGCGAAGGAGGAGGGUGAGACGAUGGAUGUUUCAGCUGUGAUCAGUUCCUGCACCCUUUCAGAGGCUCGUUUCCUCUUGGAUCAUUUCAUGUCCAUGGCCAUCAAUAAGGGGCUACAGGCGGCCCAGAAGGAGUCUCAGGUCAAGGUGAUGGAGGGCCGGCUCAAGCAGACUGAGAUCAACAGCGCCACUCAGAACCAGCUGCUAUUCCACAUGCUGAAGGAGAAGGCAGAGUUUAAUCCGGAGCUGGACGCACUGCUUGGGAACGCUCUGCAAGAGCUAGGUAACAUGCCUCUGGAGAAUGAAGAUGACAGUAGCAGUGAUGAAUCAACACCGAGUCCUGCAGCAGAUGGAAUCACCAUGACCUCUGACCUAAUGAAGCUCUGUGGAGAGACCAAGUCCAGGAGUAAGGCUCGCAGAAGAACCACAACACAAAUGGAGUUGCUCUACGCAAACAGCUGUGAGCCCGGCCUUGACGCACCCAGUGGAGAAUUCACCGGUCCUCUCCACCCGAUGGCUGAAACCCCUGAAGGUGGCACGGACGAGUCUUUGAGCAGUACGCUCAGGGAAUACAUGCUCCCUGCUGCUGCCUUAUCCUCUAGAAUGGGAGGCAUACACUCUGGCUCCAGACCUCCGUCGGGGCUGGAAAAGCGAGUGCCGGAAGCUUCUCCUCUCACCCGCAGGAAGACCUAUGACAAGGGACAAGCAGCAGCCGACAGGGCUAAAGCCCAAGAGAUAAAACAAGGAGUGAUAAACCCAGUACCUGCGUCGAAGAGCAAUCGCGGGGGUACUCUGCAGUGCGUGCAUGUGGCUGAGGGCCACAGCAAAGCCGUGCUGUGUGUGGAUUCCACUGAUGACCUCCUCUUUACCGGAUCUAAAGACCGUACAUGUAAGGUGUGGAAUCUGGUGACUGGGCAGGAAAUCAUGUCUCUGGGUGGCCAUCCCAACAACGUGGUGUCUGUACGCUACAGCUCCAGCAUGGUCUUCACCGUGUCCACCUCCUACAUCAAAGUGUGGGAUAUCCGCGACUCGGCAAAGUGCAUCCGCACCCUCACGUCCUCUGGUCAGGUGAGCACAGGCGAUGCGUGUGCGGCGAACACCAGCCGCACGGUGACUACAGCUGCUGGAGAAAACCAGAUCAACCAGAUCGCCCUCAACCCUACAGGCACAGUGCUGUACGUGGCAGCUGGCAACUCCGUCCGCAUGUGGGACCUUAGAAGGUUUGUUUCAACAGGAAAACUGACCGGUCAUCUCGGCCCAGUCAUGUGUUUGACUGUGGAUCACUCUGGCAUUGGCCAAGAUCUGGUCAUUACCGGCUCCAAGGAUCAUUACAUUAAGAUGUUUGAUGUAACAGAAGGAGCUCUAGGCAGCAUCAGUCCUACUCAUAACUUCGAGCCUCCGCAUUAUGAUGGGAUUGAGUCAGUGGUGGUGCAGGGAGACUGUCUGUUCAGUGGCUCCAGAGAUAAUGGAAUCAAAAAAUGGAACCUGGCUCGAAAAGACCUACUGCAGCAAGUCCCUAACGCUCAUAGGGACUGGGUGUGUGCGCUGGGCGUCGUGCCAGGUUCUCCUGCUCUGCUGAGUGGCUGUAGAGGGGGAGUUUUGAAGCUCUGGCACACAGACACACUGAGUGCGAUCGGAGAACUCCGGGGACACGAGAGUCCCAUCAACAGCAUCUCCACUAACAGCAGCUUAUUGUUUACUGCAUCAGAUGAUCGGACAGUGAAGAUCUGGCGUGCGAGAGGAGGUCUGGACAGCACUGACAUGACUGACGUUACCGAUGAACCUGGCAACAACUGACUGUCCUCUCGUGUCUCAUGUGGCUAACUUCUCCUUGUACUCUUCCCUCACCCGCUAAAGCAGGACGUCUGACGUAUACCAACAUAGAAGAAUAAUGCCUGAAUUUAGAAAGGGGAUGUAAACAGACUGGAAUCUGCUACUUCACCACAGCCAUUUCUCUUGUGUGGUCUCUACAUGUGUCUUAAUAGUGAAGCAGUGCUAUGGAAGCUCAAUCAAAUCUCAGUACAAAGUAAAGCUCCUUUAUACUCUGCAGCUUCUCUAUACUGAUCCUGAUUAACCACUGGGAGAACCCUGCUGCACCAGGUUUAUUUGAACGUGAGGAGAGAAGGAACCGGACUGUCUGUAGCUGGCUUCAGUAGGCCGGUUCUCUGAGCUUGUAUAUGAACUCGUGCUUCUAGACCUUUGCACAAGCACUGGGCGCUUUACACACAUGAUGCGUACUGAAUAGCUGUAGCUUUGCAUUAAGUGGACUAACUGGAAUCACCACGCCUUUAAAUUUCUGUCUAUAUGUUUGAGCCUGAAAAUCAUUGGUGACCAAAGUGUGAAGUUCAACUGUACUACAAUCAUUAACUUAUUAACAAAGCCAAUAAUAAUAUUGCAUUCUGUAGAUAUAGAAUGUUGCUCUCUCUCCUGCUUUCUUUGUCUUAAGCCCUACUCAAGCUGGAUUAGUUUUACUUGUGAAGGAACUCUAAUUUAUUGCAGACUGUCCCAGAUGUACUAUCAAGUUAAAAGUAUCUUAACUAGUAGAGCGAUUGCUCUGCUCUACCAUAAUGAUGAACCUGAUGAUCUUUUACCUUCUGUCAAAAGUCGCAUCACAUUUACAAUCACAUUUACCUUCUGUCAAAAGUAAAGUAGCUCUCCUUCGGUAAUACUAGUCCACUAGGUAAUGUAAUAACUAAACCUGAGAGAAGUGUGCUAUGUUAUUAUUAUUGUUAUCGGGUGAUGUGCCUGUGGCAUAAUUCCGACAUGGACAUCCAAGGUAUGACAUGUCAAUCCUGACUAUCUAUGGUAAUUUAGGAGAAAUUACACAGUUGCUUUAUCUUGACCAGACAAAUCCCUUACAUUACAUAAAUCCAGCCUCCUAUGCCUAUUUUCUCAAGCUUUCACUCAGCUCUUGUGUUAAUGUCCUUGCUGCCUUCUUGUUAACACCUGGCUGAGGUCGUAGUAGGUACACUUACUAGUUCCUGUACUGUGUGUAUGUACAGUAUGUGGACAUAGGGAAGUGCAGUGGUCUCUGUGUGCUGGUGUACAUAUCCUCCUGCUUCUGUUUCUGCCACAUUCAUUCACGUUCAUCUGUGGCAUAAAUACAUAUAUAACCCAAGUAGUGCCGAUGUGUAUGCAGUUACGGUUAAUAACCCCAGUACGUUGUGCAAUCAUGUCUUAGCCUCUAGGUAACUAGCAAACUUGGAAGCCCUUGGCUUAAAAUCAGAAAGAGUAGACCAGGAUUUGAGAAUGCUGAUUAGGAAUGACUCAGGAUAUCAGUUUAAACGUUCUCUUUCUGUGUUGUGAUGGUUUGAGUUAUUCUGCUCACUGGAUGGGUUGGUAUGAUGUCCUGAUUUUUCGCUGGGUUUGUAGAUGACUGACGUGUUAGCAAGCAAAUGUCAGAUGUCACAUAAAUGAAAUGCCAUCUGUCAAAAUCCCACGCCACUGUGAGUGUGUGUGUGUCUGUGUGCUCGUGUGUAAGUUAUCGUAAGGGCAAAUCUAAGGGACUGAAAUUGGACCCACUGGACACUGCAAAUAGCUUCUACCAAGCCGUUGUGAGCAUUUGUGUGGCCCAGAUCAAGGCUUUGCAGUGGAGUCGUGCCUACAGUAACCUUUGUGUGAUCUCUGUGUCAGUAAACCAUUUUGUCCACUUGAGGGAGGUCUUGUGCUUUGUAACACUCUAGAUCAGUGGUUCUCAACCGGGGGCGGAGACAUCGGAAUGGGGGCGCAAAUUGUUUUCAAGAAGAAAAAUCACAGACAGGGCAUCAUCUGUGCAUCUCAUUGCUUUUCAAAUACAAUGUGCAUAAAUAAAUUUUAAAAACCCCGCA